AGGGCUCCGCCUUGGAGGCGUGUCGUCUGCGUGUUCAUCGCCUGUUGUCGGGUAAAGUUUUGAAGGUGGAGGCGGACGACAUCGACUUCUACGCUUUCUCUUUCUACUACGACCGCGCCGCAGAGCUCGGACUCAUCGAGGAGCAGACGGGAGGCAGCGUCAGAGUCUCAGAUUACAGCGAGGCAGCGGAGAGAGACUCUGAUGAGAGAUUCUGUUUCAGUGUGCGGGGGGUGGGGUGCGUCCUCCGGCUCGAGCCCCUUCCUCUGUCUGGACCUGCUCUACAUCUCCACGCUGCUGCAGGAGCUGGGGUUCCCCCCCCACAAAACUCUCAAGCUGGCGAGGACGAUCCAUCAGGUUGAGACCAGCUGGGCUCUCGGAGCGACUUUCCAUUACAUCGAGUCCCUGAACACACACUGAGGCUCUUAUUCUGAAAAUCCUCACCUCAUCCUGAAUGUGCCGUAAACAAAGAAUAAAUCAGCAAAUAAAAUGUAUUUAUUCCUAAAAAGGAAUAAAUAAAUAAGUAAAUACUUUUAAAAUAAUGUUUUUGCCUGAUGCACAAACCUUGAUGCAUUUCUCAGGUGACGUCGUCAGAGAGUCCUGACAGCCAAUCAGAAGCUGCGCUGCUACUCAGCUCCGCCCCUUUUUAUUUUAAGAUGUCUGACUCAAUUUCUCUGGUUAGGGUUUCUCUCAAAGGCGGCGUGGGGAAGCAACAAAAUACUUUUACUCAAGUACAAGUACUGAAGUACUUUCUUAAGUUACUGAGGUACUUUUGAAGUACACCUGGAGAUGAAAAUGUAGUUCUUAAAAAAAAAAGUGAAAUUCUAGUUUUUGUUGUAAUCAAACAAAUAAACUGAAAAAAGUGAACAUCGGAAACAAAGUCAUAUUUUGUGAAAAAAACGUCUAUUUAAAAAUAUUGAUUCUGAAAUUCAGAAUAAAAGGAAAUUCUGGGAACGAAGGGUUAAUCUGGAAAAACAGCCAAAACGAAAUAUUCCCAAAAAAAAAAUUUCUUUUUUUUCUUUGUGCAUUUCCAUUUGUUGCUUCUUUAGUUAAACCAGUCCUUUAUUCUUAUUCAUGAUUACACGGCAGUUUGACUCUAGCUCUAAAUAAAACGGUGCUCACUUAAAGCAUCUGUAUUUUUAUAUCUUAAGCUCUUAUAAAUCUUAGCGAUGCAAAUACUUUUGUAUGUUCAGUGUUUUAUUCCAGAGUCAGUGAGAUGCAGCCGAAGCCUCGGAGCCGCUCAGCCGAAGCCUCGGAGCCGCUCAGCCGAAGCCUCGGAGCCGCUCAGCCGAAGCCUCGGAGCCGCUCAGCCGAAGCCUCGUAGCCGCUCAGCGGAAGCCUCUGAGCUGCUGACGAAGGAGCUUCUACGGAUACCAACAAAUAACCAAACACGAGAAGUUUAAAUGAAUUCUCUGAUUGCUUUUAGAAGAGUUCAUAUUUACCGUGAAGGUUGAUCCGACGUCUCUGAACUGCUGCUGCUGUUGUUGUUGUUGUUGUUGUUUUCUUCAGUAAAAGACUCAUGAAGGUAUUUCCUCGACAGCGUGUCGGAUGUUUGUUUCUCUGAAGGUUUCCACGUGUGAGUUUGGUGACACAUCUGCAAUAAACCAUGUUUUCUGAA